UUUAUAAGGGGUUCCCACAAAAUUUAGAACUCCUUCGCUCUACUCAUAACUGUCGUGUAUAAAUAGUGUGAAAGGAUAUCCUGAAAUUUCAUUUCUCAAUUUUCAGUUUUCAAAUAAUUUCAAAUUAUCCCGCGAUUUAUUUUCUAGAUCUCAGAAAAAGAAGAAGCUUCUCCCAAACCCGGACAAUUACAACCUGAUCAGAUGGACGGGAUUGAAACUUCAAGGAAACGAAUCAAACAAACAAUGGUAGAAGAGGAGGAGGAAAAUGAAAACGGUUUAGUAAUGGAAGAAGUUGAAACAGUUGCAGCAGGAUCUGAAGAGAUGGAAAGCCUUAUUAAUGGAGUUCUUGAAAAGAUUGAGCGAUUCACUCAACAGGUUUCGGAGAUGCUUGAGGCAGGAAAAACACUCUUUAAAGAUUUUAGUAAUGAAUUUGAAGAACGUAUUAUUGGAAUUCAUAAGGAACAGAUUGAGAAAUGGCAGGAUGAGAUUAAGGAACUGAGAGCACUGGAUGCAAUGAACGAAGAAGCAAAUACUCGUCUUCAUAUGGCUCGCUCGCUCUUCCAGAAUGUUCAGAUGUGAUCCUCCUUGAUAAGAAUCAAAUGGUAGGGUGAUAUUAAGGAACUGAGAUCACUCGCUGUCUGCUUCAGAAUGGUCAGGUUUGAGCCUUGAUAAGUUAGUAGUAUUAUAAGACUAGUAUUAUCAACAAACAAACAAUAAGAAUUUUAGUUUUCAUGUUUGAACCUUAAUUAGCUGUAAGUUGCUCAUUUGCAUCGAAUGAAUUGCUUUUUAAGGAUCAUGUGUCUAAUAUUGUAUAGUUAGUUGCUGUUCCUGCUUCCAGUUUAGUUAAUGUCCUUCAGAAUUGCAGUGGGCAUCCAUAUCAAAGUGAUUGUUAAUUGUUAUCAA